CAGGAAAUUAGCAGAGUGGGCAGGGGGCCUGCCUGCUGUCCCGUCUGCCCGCGCUGUGAACGCCCCGCGGUGGCAGCGCGACACGCCCGCUGGGGACAGGUUUGUGGCUGGAUUCCUACUCGGAUUCACUGUCUCUGAGAGGUGGUUUGUGGUAUGAAAUCAGAAGCUUGGCAUUGGCCCAUUUCCCCAAGCCACAGACCUGAGGAGUUCAGCCACAUUCUCCGUGUUGGAAAAACUUUGUGUGAGAUUCCAGACCAAAAUUGAAAAAUGGUUGACCUCACUGAGCUUAUGGAAAAUGAAGUAUUCAUGGCCUUUGCUUCCUAUACAACGAUUAUUCUUUCAAAAAUGAUGUUUAUGAGUACUGCAACUGCAUUCUUUAGAUUGACAAGAAAGGUUUUUGCCAACCCAGAAGACUGUGCAGGGUUUGGCAAAGGAGAAAAUGCCAAGAAAUAUCUUCGGACAGAUGACAAAGUGGAACGUGUGCGAAGAGCUCACCUGAAUGACCUUGAAAACAUUGUGCCAUUUCUUGGUAUUGGCCUUCUGUAUUCCUUGAGUGGUCCAGAUCUCUCUACAGCCAUCCUGCACUUCAGACUCUUUGUUGGAGCACGGAUCUACCACACAGUCGCGUAUUUGACACCCCUUCCCCAGCCAAAUCGUGCUUUGGCUUUCUUUCUUGGCUAUGGAGUUACUUUUUCAAUGGCUUACAGGUUGCUAAAGAGUAGAUUGUACCUGUAAGGAGAAUCCUACAACUCAUCAUCCAGUUAUUUUCUAAGAAUUCUGUACUUCCAAUUUAUGAUGAUUUUUUUUUUUUUUAGAUUUUAAGUGGGAGGGGAGCAGAGAAAUUUAGAUGGGGCAAACAGCCUGAAUAUUAACAUGACCAAUAUCCUUUAUUCUUAUGCUUGUACUGAAAUUUUAACACAAUUCUUAAGUCUUUUGAUUUCCUAUUUAAGUGCCUUGUGAUAAUUCAGAUUAUAAUUUGUAACAUUCAUUCAACAUUUAAUAUUUUAAAUCUAUAAAAAGGGUGAGUGUAUGUAUGAUACCCCUGUAUCUCAAUAUUGCUGAAACAGACAUACGAAAUAAAGAAUUUGGAGAAUAGUUUAA